AAGUGAGGAGGGACGCCUCAGGACCGCCAGUUUCAUGGAAGCUGUAGCCAGAGUCGUGAGUUAUUUUAAUUUGCACUGGGGAAUAAGAUGCGAUUUCAAGCAUUUUCAGCUUGCUAUUAAUAGGCUCCAUGAGCUAGGGACGAUAACUCGUCCCAUAGAUAUAUUUAAUUCGGAGAUAUGGGUGAGGUGUACGAUCGCUUUAGCCAAGGAUUUAAAAGCUACAGGCAGUGCAAAAUGCCUUAAAGCAUGGGCUAAAGCAGAAGAAGCUUUAAAAAAGGCUUCAGAACAGCAGGAGGCAUGGGAAGCAGCGAAGACCAUGCUGAUAGCAACCCCAAAAAUCGGGAGCGUAGCUGCGACCCAAUCUGCCCCUGGAAACAGCCCGGAGGGAGGCAGGGGAGCGCGGGAAGCGGGCGUUCCCCGCCCGAACCCGCGCGCGGACGCGAGCCCGGGACGCAACCACCCAGCGCCCCAGGGGGACCCUCCGACCCCUCCACAGUGCCCGCAGGACUCCCCGAUCCCACAGCCCACCUUGCGGGACCCCUCAAACCCACCGCGGACCGCGCCCGACCCCAGCCCGCCCGAGGAACGCGCCAAAAUGGCAGCCCAUCCCCCCCACCGGAAACCGCUGACCGGGGAAAAAUGA